UCUCUCUCUCUCUCUGUGUCUCUCUGUCUGUCUCUCACUCGCUCGCUCUCUUCUGCUGAGGAGGGAGUGUACACGGGCGAGAGACACUAAAACAGGGCAGCCGCAUUCUGUCAGACGGACAGACGGACAGAGGACAGAAUGCUGGGCCCGUUGUGUCUGUUGUGCGUUACUGCCUGCAGCGUGCUGAACGCUAAGUCCCUUCCAGGGGGGCGUGGCUUGGAGGGCCAGGGGGCGGCGGCCAGGCGACUCCGUAGAGACUUGCGGGACCUGCUGCCAAACGAAGCAGAGAUGAUGUCAUAUCCUGUGCAGCGAGGAGACGCUGACUACCAGCAAACUGAGUGGAGGAGGAGCUUAGAUGACGCCCUGCAGCGAUUGGUGGAGAGCAACCAGAGGAGGGAACAAGAGCAGGAAGGAGCUGCCUACAUGGCCGCUAUGCUCCGCCUCAUGUCAGAGGCAGAAGGUGCGGGAUUGGUCAACCCAGGAGACAUGGACGUGAUGGACGUGGUGGAGGAGGAGGAGGAGGAGGGGGGGCCCUUCCAACGACUGGCAACCCAGGACUAUGACGACACCGGCAGGGGCAUGAGUCCAGGAAACUCGCAGGCUGCCAGCUGGGCCCUGCUGGAGAGAAUGGACCCUCGCCUGGCCAGGACUUUGCUGGAGCGGUCCAGACAGAACCAGCUGGACCAGCGAGACCCCAGACCCAGACCGCCGUCCCCCCGGGGGGGCGACCCGGACCUGCUGAGAUACCUGGUUGCUAGGAUACUGGGCAGUAUGGCCCCUGCAAAGUCCCGCCCCAGACGGGACGUCGCGGCACCAAGACCUGUCAGCUCCGCCCACACCAGGUCCCGCCGUUCCCUUGACAACGCAUCUCCCCCGUUGCCUAGCAGCGACUCCCCCCUGCUCAGGGUGAAGAGGCUGAGGCUGGAGGGGGAGGAGGAGGACGGAGGGAGAGGAGGAGAGGGGCCGGAUACCAUAGCAACCGCCCAGGAGGAGGAGGGGAGUCGUCGCCGGAGACGGAGGGCGGCGGUGACCUUUAACCCCAGAGUCCUGGCCCAGCAGCUGCUGCAGGUCCUACAGGAGUAGGUCUGACGGGGUCAGGGGGUCAGGGGUCAUCCCCCAGUCCUUCAGCAACGCUCACCCGUCACGUCCUGCAGCGUCAUUUACCCUUCAUCAUCUAGACCCAAACAUCAUGUGUUCAUUUAGUGUUGAUGUGAUGUAACCGCAGAGCAAUGGGAGAGAGAGGGGGAGGGAGGGAGGGGAAAAGAGAGAGGGGGAGACGGAGGGGGAGAGAGAGAAGGAGAGGGAGAGGGGAGGGGAGAGGGGGAGGGAGAGAGAGAGAGAUAGUGAGAGAGAGAUAUAGAGAGGGAGAGGGAGAGGGAGAGGGAGAGAGAGAGAGAGAGAGAGAGAGAGGGGGAGAACGAGGGAGAGAGGGAGAGGGAUGGAGAGGGAUGGAGAGGAAGAGGGGUAUAACUAAAAGUCCAGUGUGUUGCCGUGGUAACAGGACAUGUGCUUAGUGGAUGUGUUGGAUGUAAAGUGUUUCCAAAAUAAAGGCGCGACCUAAAGUUCA